AUGAAGAUUUUUAUUUGUCUAUUACUGUGCACUACCUGUGCAUUAGUGUCAUCACAAGUGUCGGGUACUAUUCCGGGACUAAUGGACAACAAAAAGUCAUUGGAUGACAACAAGUUUGUUCCCAUCACUAAUAGUGGAUCAAAAUUUUCAAUAGGAUUGGGAGUAUUAAAUCCUUCAUAUUCACAAAAGUUUGGAGACAACGGCAAAACAAAGCUUGACUUCAAUCAAGAAAGAGGAGGCUAUUCGUACUCAUUAAACAAUUUAGUGCAUCCAUUGGUUAAGACGACAGACAGAUCCGGUUUAGACGAUAACAAGAAGUAUAGCACAGACACCUUGAAAACAGCGGAUCCGACAACACAUCAACUAACGACCGGUCAGUUUAGCGCUCCUUCUUAUUAUAGUCUGUCUGUUAGUAGCGGCAGUCGCUCUGAUAGCGGCUCUACGGGUAGUCUAAACUUUCCACAAACUCAAGUCAACUCUAUAUAUGGACAACAGGGACCUCAAGUGGGACCCCCAACACUUCCAAAUAGUUAUGGACAACAAUAUUCCCAAAAUUAUGGAUACAAUUACGGACCACAAAGCUAUAAUUCAAUGGCCAGUUACGCGCCUCCMGCAUAUCAAGGUUAUCCGCCGAUGCCUUACCAAAAUUAUCCAAACAAUGGACCACAAUAUAGUCAAAGUGGGGCAUAUAAUCCCUCACCCAUAGCAUCCAGUGCUACAAAUAUGGCAAGCAAUACGCCAUCUUCUCAAUAUGCGGCACCUACACCAGCUGCCAGUGCACCUGUGCAACAACCAUAUCAACCACCAGUUCCCUCAUCUCAGCCUCAAUAUGCUCCUAAUCCAUAUGCUGCUCCAAUGCCCAGUCCUUACGGAUACGGAGCACCACCGGCCAUGAAUUCAUAUAACAUGUACUCACAACCACCCACACAAUCCUAUGGUUACGGCAAUCAAUACGGUUAUGGCGGCGGCGGCGGCGGUGGAUAUGGGUUAUAYGGAUCACAAUCACAAACUGCUCCCUCUUCAUACCCGUACAGUGGCGGCAGUAAUGACCCGUUGGCUAACAUUACACCUCAAGAUUUGAAUACUUUGAGACAACUAUACGGUUCUUCUAGUUCUAUGAGUAUGAGUUAUAUGAGUCCUUAUUCAGGGAUGGGURGCGGCUUAGGUAGUGGUGGAUUAGGUAGUGGUGGCUUAGGUAGUGGCAGUAGUUAUGGAGGAUAUGGAGGAAGUGGAGGAUAUGGUAGUAGCAGUGGAGGAACAUUAAAUUUUCAAUGA